AUGCCAACUACAUCGACACCUCUGUCUAGUGGUGAGUUACAGAGCUGUUCCUUACAUCCUCAAGAACAAGUGAAGUUGUACUGUCGAACACACGGCAAUCUCGGAUGCAUCAUUUGUAUGACAGUUUCACAUAAACAGUGUGACAUUGAUUAUAUACCUGACGUAUCAGAAACAUUUUUGACAAACGGAAAUGAUUAUAUAGGCUUUAAAUCAAACUUAGAUACUUUGAAGGUAAGGUGUGAUGUUGGUUUGCGCGAGAUUGGUCUGAAUACUGCUACUGUUACAACAACAUAUGACGAUGUCAUUAGAUCAAUUGAAAACAAAAGAAUCGAAAUCUUGGCGAAGCUUGAUGAAAUCGUUAAUAAAUCGAAAGAGCAAGCCAGUGAAUUUAGGAAAACAAACCUUAACAAAAUGCAAGAAUUGAAAGAAUCAUUUCAGUCAAUUUUACACAACAUAAACGAAAUGGAAACCAAGACGGAACAGUUGAAAACUGAAAGAAAAUUCAAUUUACUUUACUGUCAUGUCAAAAAUGCACAAUCAACGAUUACUGAAUUUCAGUCGCAAGUGUAUGGCUCAUUGUCAAAGCUAAAUAGAGAAGAGUGUGAACUACAGUCUAAUUCAGACAUAACAGAAUUAGAAAGUAUAUUUGGUACAAUAAAUAUAGAACAAAAGGCAAUACAAAGCCAUUGCAAUGCAUCAGAGGUUGUACAUGAUGAGAGAAAAUGCUUAAUAAGCAUCAAAGGUAAUAGUGAUAGGAAGACAUGCUUCGUGUCAGGAAUAGCGUUCUUGAGUCCCGGUCAAUUAGCCGUGGCAGAUAAAGCAAACAAAAACGUGAAAAUUGUUGAUGCAGAUGCUGGCAAAAUGAUUUCUGAAAUUACGUUAUCUUCAAGUCCGCGUGAUAUAACAGUUGUGCCGCCAGACAAACUAGCCGUGACAUUAAGAGAUGAAAAACUGAUUCAGUUCUUGUCGACAUCAUCUGGUUUAGCAAAAGAUAGACAAAUCAAAACAGGUGGGAAGUGCCGAAAUAUACAAUUUGAUCGAGGAAAUUUAAUUGUAGUUUUUAAUGACAUAGGAAAUGCAAAAGUUGUUAUCAUGUCUUUAGAAGGAAAGGAGUUGCAAGUUAUAAGCACUUGUGUGAUGGGUCCAAGAGGUGUAGGCCUAACCCCUGAUCAUAAUUAUAUAUACGUAACUAGUAGCACAGAUGGGAAACUUAAAAGAUUUUCGAGACAUGGCACUGGUUUACAAACAAGCGAGGGGAAAUACUUUGAGGGUCUUGCGGUAAGCGGUUAUGGGUCUGUUUUUGUAACUACAAAUACUGGGAGUGAAGGACAUGUAUAUCAAUUAGAUGACGAUCUCUCAAACAUGAGACCUAUUUUAAUGGUUGGAUUGGAGUUGGAUGGUAUACGCAACCCGAUAGCCUUGGCAAUUUGUCGGGAAACGAAUCUAUUGGUGAUCAGUUGUGGCAGAGGUGGUGCUGACAUUUGUAACAAUCUGCACGUUUAUCAGAUUCUACCGACAAAUAUUUGA